AUGAUUUGCAACAAACACGUUCCAGCUAUUUUCGCAAGUCCUAUUGGUGAACUUGAAAUCGCAGGUUGUGAUAAAGGGAUGCAUUACAUCAAACGGGUUGACAAGACGGUGGCAGUCGUUCCUGAUCUGAACACCAAGUUCAAGCUGAUUGAGAGCAAAACGGAGAAUCUGCCCAAGUCAGUGCAAGAGUGCAUUGAAUGGUUUAGCGAGUACUUUGCCGGGGAAGGAGCGGAUCCUGAUAAGCACUCAGUUACGCUUAGCAAAACUCCAGCCUUUUGUCCUGGAAUUGGUAUCACCGAGUUCUUUUGGAAAGUGUACACCACUCUGGCCUCUGAAGUAAAGUUUGGAUCGCAGUGCUCCUACAGCCAACUUGCCGAGCUUGUUAAGAAUCCAAAUGCUUCUCGUGCUGUCGGAGCAGCCAUGAAGAACAAUCCCUUUUUGAUUGUCGUCCCGUGCCAUCGAGUGAUCAAAAAGUCGGGAGGAAUUGGUGAAUACAGCGGCGGCGGCCCGAAGCUAAAGGAGUGGCUCCUCAAGUACGAGAGUCGUUCUUGA